AUGCUGAAAGGAUAUGUGAAAUCAUCUGUUGGAGUAGAUUCCUUAAGGACGCAGUCAUGGGUUGUUGCCAGCACUGCCAUCCCAGCCGCUGUGAAAUCUGCUGGUCUUGAACUUGGCAACAUUGACCUAUAUGAAAUCAAUGAGGCCUUUGCAUCACAGUAUGUUUAUUGCUGCAAGAAAUUGGGACUUGAUCCCAAAAGGUCAAUGUUAUGGUGGUGCCAUUGCUCUUGGACAUCCUUUGGGGGCGCCACAGGUGCACGAUGUGUUGCAACUUUGUUGAAUGAGAUGAAACGCCGUGGCAGGGAUUGUCGCUAUGGUGUAAUCUCCAUGUGCAUAGGUUCUGGUAUGGGAGCUGCUGCUGUAUUUGAAAGGGGAGACUAUUGA